GCAGGUGCGACCAUGAUGAACUUCUACAGCGUUUUUCUGCUCCUGCUGCCCUGGGCUUUUGGGGUCAGGAAACUUCGAGCCUUCAUCUGCUUUUGCAGCCAUUGUGAAGCAUGCCAUCUUCAUCUGCCUGCUCCACCAUUGAGGUCUUUAUGUUAUGUUGGACUGCUUUUUGAUACCUCAUCUUUGGCCUUACCACCAUGGGUGACCCUACCAGGAGUACAAGACUCCCAACAGUGUUGCUUUUAGGAUCAUCAGUACACGCAAGCCUCUCUACCCUGUCAAGGUGGCAGUCUGUGGAGAGGAGUGGAGAGCAUCCCACAGCAGAGCCUGACCUGUUAUAAUGACUACACUUCUCUUAUGACCUGCAUGUGGGAGGAAUGCUCAGAGGCGCAACAUUUCCUGAAUAUGACUCUUUACUAUAAUGAUGACACUGAAGACUCCAUUGUGAUCCCAUGUGAAUCCCACCAAGUGGAGGGACGCACUGACUGCCAGGGCUCACACACACACUGGGUGUGCCGCAAAAAUCACACCACUUUUGGAAUAGAACGGAAAGUUAUUUACAGCCUCAAACCCAACCAGGAGCUACAGACUGAACUGCGUGUCAUUCUCUUCCAGAAUGUCCAGCCACUCCCACCUCAAAACCUCUUCAUCAAUGUGACAGAAGGAGGUGACUUCUUGCUGGCAUGGGAAGCAGCUGGUGGGAUAAAUGGAAGCACCUGGCCAGACAGCACACUAGAAUAUGAAGUGACCUACAAGAGGGACUGGGAAUCCUGGGAGAGUUCUUCCUCUGUGUUGGUCUCAAACACCUCCAAAUACCUCUUUAGACACAACAGCCUUGUACCGGGGAGCACCUAUGUUGCUCGUGUCCGAGCCAAGCCAAGCCAGGAGAGUAACUUUACUGGGCAGUACAGUGCAUGGAGCACAAAGGUGUCUUGGAAGACCCAAGCAGGAGAUGAUGGUCAUCCCAAGAAUCUCCGCUGCCUCUUCAAUGGUGUUGAUCGCCUCCUGUGCAGCUGGGAAGUACGGCAAGAGGUCACCAGCUCUGUCUUGUUCACACUCUUCUACAAGGUUACACAGACAUCAGAAGAAAAGGAAUGUUUGCCAAUUCACGAGAAGAAGUUGCCUAACAUCCCAUAUGUAUCUCAAAGCUGUGAGAUCAGCAUUACCAAUCCCAACCAUAUGUUCCAGUACAACAUAUCUGUCCGGCCCCAAAAGGUGGAGAUGCACAUUGAACCCUUCAAGCACAUUAGGGUGCCAGCACCUGUCAACCUGACGGUGACGAAAACAAACGACCAGGAGUAUGAACUGAGAUGGGUAAAACAUGCCCUACAUUAUAAAAGUGCAAGACAGACCUAUGAAGUCUGGUACUGGAAAGCAGACCAGCCCUUGGAGAUUGCCAAGCCCACCAGCAUCAGCAUUGAUGAGCCCCCUUUGGUCCUUCACCAGGGCAGUUUGGACCCAUUAACAUGCUAUAGGGCAAAAGUACGGGCAAGGGUGCGUGCAUCCUCUGCCUAUAAUGGCACCUGGAGCGAGUGGAGUGAGGAGUACACCUGGAAAACAGAGCACGUUUUGGCACCAUAUGUACUCAUAGUUAUUGCCAUAUUCUUCACCAUCAUGCUGGUAGCAGUUGGCUGGUACAGCUGUAAAUAUCUCCUCAGCAAGAAGAAGAAAUGGGAGGAAAAGAUUCCUAAUCCCAGCAAGAGUCACCUACUGCAGGGCUUCUUCCAGAAGGUAUCAUUAAGAAAUCAGCUGCCCAGCAGCCUGCCAGACUUCAACAGGGAGAACCAUUUGGUGAAGGAGCAGGCCAACUCCCUGCAAGUGCUGGAUGGGGAGAAGAUUAUUUCAAACUCCCCAGGAGCUGAGGCAUCGAAGACUAAGUUGUCUUAUAUUGUGCUAGACCUAAAAAACCAGCAUCAGUUUUCUCCAGUGUCAAGUCCUGCUUCACUUCCUUCAUCCCCAUUUGAUAGCAUCUCAAAUCAAAAUACCAGUCAGUCCUCCUCACCAACACUGCUUACCAGUGUUGGUGCCACUAAAGCAGACACUGCCUCUCAAAAGCCUAUGACCAGCUUCAGUUAUAAUGGCCCAUACUUGUUCUUCCCUUCUGGUCAGUCGCAGACCAAUACCCACCAGGACCUUGGAGCUUCUCCAGUGAGAAUAAGGGAGAAACCAGUGUUCUUGGAGUAUGUGUCUCUACCACAGAAGGGCUGUUUCCAGUUCCCACUGUUGCAAAAGACAGGGUCAACUCACCUCUAUCCUUUUGCAUGUUUGGACCAGAAAGAGAAGAAGCACCCAGUUGCUGGAGGGCAAGAUGCAUUACAAGACCAGCCGGCAGGUGAGGAAGGGGUGAAAGAGAAAAGAGAAGGUCAGAGGUCACCAAUUGCUGUCCCCGUUAUCAGCUCCUCUCAGAAAUGCCCAUUGGAGUACUUCACCACUGAAGGUCUGUGCUUGGUACCAGCAAAAGAAUCUGUCAAUCUCUCACCUUCCCUGGACCCUCAGGAGCAGAUGCUCACUACUGCUGGCACAUUAACUUCCAACUCCCAGCUGCCCCAAGCCACGGAUGACCCCUCCAGCCCAGCACUGCCCUCUGGGAGGUCUGUUGUCUCACUCCCAGUUCCAGCUCAAGCAUCAGCCACUCCUCCUGGAUCACAGCAGCCUGAACUGGGAAGCAAUAUGACACUCGCACUCCCACAAGGCCUCCCCGAACAUAUCAGCCUUUCCCACUCUGCUUCACUGGAGGAGGUUGCACAAGAGAAUGAUUUGGUCACAUUUAACCCUAAUGGUGGCAGACCAGUCUUCCUAUACCAAGUGGGUGAAUAUUGCUUCUUCCCUGGCCUCAAACCCAGUGAGAAGACCCCCCUGAGUCAGAAAGCCUCCUUGGCUAGUAAGCUUUCAGAAGACAGUGGGGCAGUUGGAAAGCCUGCAUGAG